UGGGCCCCACCUCCCUCUCUAGAAGACGAGGCCGUGGUCGGCCACCUCCACCACCUCGGCACCUCCUCCGCCUCCGCCUGCCUCCUUCCCCUUCCUCCCCUCCUCUUCUUCUCCGCCCCUCUCGCGGCGGCUUCCUCCCACGUCAAGCCCAGCCCCAGCCGGCGGGCGCGCGGUUGCGCCUGCUUCUGCGCGAGCGCGACCAUUUCCGCGUCGUCGCCGUCUCCACCUAACCUAACGCCCCAACCUAAUCGCCCGUUUGAUCGCCUCGCCUCGUUAGCCGGUAGGCGCGGUCGGUCAAAGGUAAAAGGAGGGAUUUUCCCGAGCCAGGGAGGAGGGGGCUGUGCGGUUCUUGGUCCUUGGCCAUGGCCGCGCCGGCGUCGGCCUCGUCGCCGGUCGAGUUCCUGCUCCGACGCCCGCCACCGCGGCGGCGGAGGCCGCCGCUGGCCGGCGCGUUCUUCGCCCCCACGGGGCUCGCCGGCGCGCCCCUGCUCGGGGCGCUCGCGUCGCUCGCGUCGUCCCUACUGGGCGCCCCGCGCCCGCCGUCGCAGCGCCGGAACCUCGACGCGCUCAUGCGGAGGCUCGCGCUGCUCUCCUCCCUCCUCGACUCGCUCCUCGCCGACGCACCGGGGGGCGGCUUUUCCGACGCCGCCAACCUCUGCUUCCGCGAGCUCUACGUCGUGCUCUUCCGCGCUGACCUGCUCGUGUCCUACGUUGCCUCCGCUGGCCGCGCGUGGGCGCUGCUCCGGGGGGCCCACCUCGCGUCUUCCUUCCACGACCUCGACGCUGAGCUCGCCGUCGUCCUCGACGUGCUCCCCGCCGCCUCGCUCCUACUCUCGCGGGACGCGGCCGAGCACCUCGACCUCCUCCGCGCCCGCUGCCGCCGUCGCGCGCCAGGCCAGUACCACGACCCCGCCGAGGCCGCUCUCCGCGACCGCCUCCUCGCUGCCCCCCGCCAGUUCGAGCUCGGCCAGCCGCCUGACCCCUCCAAUCUCCAAUCCCUCCUCGCCCACAUCGGCAUCUCCGACGCUGCUUCUUGCCGCGCCGAAAUCGAGUAUCUGGAGGAGCAAAUCUUGAGCCAAGAAGAGGACACCGACCUUCCCCUCAUCGGUGGCGUCGUCGCCUUACUCCGGUACUGCCUCUUCUCCCUGUUCGACCCCGGCAACACAAAGGCGCCGCGUGUUUGGCAGUCAGCGGGCAACAGGCAGCGGCUGCUCUCGUGGAGCAGCAGCGACGACAGCUCCUUCUCGGUGCCCAAGGAGUUCUCGUGCCCGAUUUCAUUAGAUUUGAUGCGCGACCCCGUCGUGGUGUCCACCGGGCAGACGUAUGACCGGCCGUCGAUCAUACAGUGGAUCGAGGAGGGGCAUUCAACCUGCCCCAACUCCGGGCAGGCCCUUGCUGACAACCGGCUUGUGCCAAAUCGUGCGCUCUGCAGCUUGAUUUCACUGUGGUGUGCGGUGCAUGGCUUCCAAUUUGAUUCGCAGGAGAGCAACGAGGGGAUGAUGGAUUGUGUCGCCAUGUCAUGCAGCAGCAAGGCAGCAAUUGAGGCGAACAAGGCAACAGCAAGGAUUUUGGUCAGGAUGCUGGCGGAGGGGUCGGAUAACACAAAGGCGGUUGCUGCUAGGGAAAUUCGGUUGCUGGCGAAGACUGGGAAGCAAAACCGGGCAUUCAUCGCUGAAUUGGGUGCUAUCCCAUUGCUCUGCAGGUUGCUGUUGUCAUCGGAUUGGAUGGCACAGGAGAAUGCUGUGACAGCGCUGCUCAAUCUAUCGAUCUAUGAGCCAAACAAGACACGGAUUAUGGAACAAGAGGGUUGCUUAUGGCUUAUUGUCAGUGUGUUGAAGAAUGGAUGGACAACAGAGGCCAAGGAGAAUGCUGCAGCAACACUCUUCAGUUUAUCUGUGGUCCAUGAUUACAAGAAGAUGAUCAUGAAUGAGCCAGGGGCUGUGGAGGAGCUGGCUUGUAUGCUGACCAAAGGGACGCCAAGGGGGAGGAAAGAUGCAGUGAUGGCGCUUUUCAACCUCUCAACACAUCCAGAAAGCUCAGGUCGGAUGCUCGAGUCAUCUGCAAUUUUAGGUUUAAUCGAGUCACUGAGGAACGACACUGUGUCCGAGGAAGCUGCUGGAGCUCUGGCUCUGCUGAUGAAGCAGCCUUCCAUCGUGCAUCUUGUUGGAAGCUCUGAAACUGUGAUCACUAGCCUUGUUGGAUUGAUGAGGCGGGGAACUCCAAAGGGCAAGGAGAACGCAGUGUCAGCUUUGUAUGAGAUAUGCCGUCGAGGUGGGUCAAUGUUGGUACAGAGAGUGGCAAGAAUACCGGGGUUGAACACGGUAAUACAGAACAUCACGCUCACUGGAACAAAGCGCGCCAGGAAGAAAGCGAGCUUGAUUGUCAAGAUGUGUCAGAGGAGCCAAAUUCCAUCAGCAAUGGUACUAGGGAGUUCCUUGGCAGUGGUUGAUCAUUCAUUGGUAGGGAACAACACAUUGAGGCGUGCUGCGAGCUUCAGCAGUGGGGAGUUGUCAAACCCCAUGUCAAUUUCAGUGCCUGUGCCCUAGGUGGAAAAGGUUUCCAUUUCGGAUCCCACAUAAUUGUUACAUUUGGUGAGUUUUGUCCUCAGAUUCUUUCAUUUCAUGCUCAAAUGGAGGUAUACAAAUUUAAUCCAAAGGAAUCAAUACUUUCAAUAUGUCAGAUGUACCUGUGUGUAUGUGAUUGUGAAUAACUGUGAAGAUAUAUAGAUUUACUAGUAGACUUCCAGCUUGAUGUUUCCUUGACAACCUUGGAAAUUAUCUAUUUAUUUUGUUUCAAUUUCAAAAACUCCAAAUAUGUAUGCUACUUGCUGUAAACCAUAAUUAGUAGUUUACUCUGAGGCAUCAUUGCCAGGGAAUGAUAUAUCAUUGCACCAAUGGAUUGUAAUAGAACACAGAGGCUGAAUUAUUGCGAAUGCAACUUGAACAUCUACUUGUCUUGCUUUUGAUAAAUAAAAAAAGAAUUGGUGCUAUUUCUAGCAUA